GUACCAGAGGCUGAGAGGCAGCUCUGGGUCGAGAGAGGAGCCGUUCAAGGUGAUGACGGCUUAUGGAGGAACCACGAGGGACUGUUAAUAGCCCCGAGUGGACUGUUGUCAUUGCUGAUAAAUGAAGCACACGGUUUGAGCCAUGAGUCCAGAGGUGAGGUUGUGAGACGAAUCAAGAAGUGGAACUUUUGGGCUCCCAAGCUUUAUCAGUAUGUUGAUGAGACCAUAAGUCGGUGUGAAACGUGUCUUAAAUGUAACAUCAGGCGGGGUAUGGUACCCCCAGCGGGACACCUACCAAUUCCUGAUGGCCCUUUUAAACAUCUCACCCUAGAUUUUGUAGACAUGGUACGGCCAGUACAAGGUAAGCGUUACCUUUUGGUUGUGAUUGAUCGUUUCAGCCGUUGGGUUGAGGCAACCCCCGCGAAGCACAAAACCGCCGAGACAGUAGCGAAAUUUCUGUGUCGGGAAGUUAUCCCAAGAUUUGGCAUUCCCUUAAAAAUCAGUUCAGACAACGGGAAAGAAUUCGUAGAUAAAACUGUAAAGUGUGUUUUGCAGAAACUCGGAGUAAAGCAGAGGUAUGGCAGUGUUUACUGUCCGACCUCACAGUCUGAUGUUGAGAGAUGCAAUGGGAUUCUAAAAAACAAAUUGCUGAAAAUCUGCAUGUCCACAGGUUUAAACUGGAUCGACGCUUUGCCUCUUGCUCUCAUGGCGUGUAGAGCAAGUGCUCACAGGACAUUAAAACUAACACCGCAUGAAGCUUUGCUAGGUCGACCAAUGCCGGUGCCAGCUUAUCGAGCGGUGAAGGGUCCAUCCCUGGACAUUCUAACAAGCGACAUGAGGGCGUAUGUGAAGCAAAUGACUAAUAUACACAGGAGUAUUUCCUCCCGUGUUGUGUCUUUACAGGCAAAGGAGAUUCUGGAGGAGCCAGAACCGAAAGUGAAACCAGGAGAUCUGGUGUACGUCAAAGUGUUCAGGAGAAAGUGGGACCACGCCAGACGAGAAGGUCCCUACACGGUGGUCAAAGCAACUGCAAGAGCGGUUCAAGUUCAAGGAUCCCCCACCUGGUACCACCUGAAUCACUGUGUUAAAGUACCUGAGGGGGAAAUAGGGAAAGGAGCCAAAGAAGAACGAGAUGAAGGAGGGAAAGACAAAAGGAGGGAUCUUAUUCCUCCUGUUUCUUGUAGUGACGUUGGACGGGAUGCAGAUGCCCCGCCAUCCAGGGUUCUCCGGAGACGGAAAACCAUUGAGAAAGGAGAAAGGAAAGAGGAGAGUUAAGAAAAAUGUGUUCCAAUGGCGUGAAGAAGGUGUUCCAGUGCAGGGGUGGCCAGGCCCCCUAGAUUGGGUUUCAAACGACGUCAACUGGAAGUACGCCCCGGGGGAGAUGUGGAGCGCUCAACUACAGAAAAGAGAGUGGGAUGAUAGUAGUGAGCGUACGGGUAUUUUUGUGUAUGUUAAUUCGGACCAACACGGGACAGGCUACGACUGCGGGUUAGAUUAUGUUAGGAAUGUAAAUUCCAGUAAUUUUGUUCUCUUUCCCAGGGGAGUAGGAAGGUGCGCCAUUGGAGUAAAGGAAAGUGAGCGGAAUGGAAGCAAGUUCUGGGAUGUUAAAGUAGCAUUCCGGCCACCUCAAUGCCGUUUGGACCAGGACAGGCCAUGAAGAGGCUGAGGUCGCUGAGGAUGGAGGUGAAAGAGGCGGCUGGCAGCGAUGCGAACUUGAGCUGGACAAACUGGCUGGAGAGUGUGGCCGGAGGAUGGAGACAAGGGCUGAUCAAACUGGGGGUAAUGAUUACUGUAGGAGUAAUAGCUUUGGGACUGAUUUUUUGUUGUUGUAUUCCUUUCUUGAGAUCAGUAGCGCUUAGAGCCGUGACCAAGCAGAAUUUGCAGAUGGCAGUUAUUGAGCUGGGAGAAAAGUAUGGGUGGAAGAGUGUAGGAAACGAGGAAGGUGACGUGUUUCCAGUUCCGGAAUGGAUCCACAUCACGACUCUAGACGAGGACAAGGACGAAGAAAAGGACGAGGAUGAAGACUCCCAGUUGGUGUGAUGGUGAAAACGGCCUACGAUACGUCAUGAAGGAAGAAAAAAAAAAAAAAAAACUAAUCAUACUGAAAAUAAGCUAAGAUGGUUGUUUAAUGAAUUUUAAUACUGAUGUUUUAUUAGUUGUAAUAGUCAGAUUUAUCCUUGUAUUAAUAGUAGUAUUGGAAAUGUAGCAUAUUCUUGUGGUAGCAGUAGUAUUAAAAAUGACAUAGUGGUAACCAACUUAUAUAGGUCUCAUGAUUCUGUGUAUUGUUUCAUUGUGUUUAAUAGACUUAAUAGACCUGCUAUGAGGGUCUAAGUGUGUGAAACUUGUCAGUAAUUUGUUUUUGUGUUUUUUUUUUAGGGGCCGGUACUGAAUUCACCUGUGAAACGUUCGGAGGUCAUCAAGCUGGCUGCCCUGAGAAGUCCCGUAGGAACAGUAUGAUGAAUUUGGCCAUAUUAAGUGAAAUGCCCACAUUGCUAAGGUUAAACAAAACGUAAAAUGGGGUUGGGACCUUGCUAGUGCUUAUCACUGGUUUAAGGUAGUUAAAGUAAAUUGGGCUUAGUUUAAUGGACAUUAUCUGUCCAUUGAGGGGGAAAUUCUGUAGUAUAUUCUGUUACUCUUAUGGGGUUAUUUCUGUCCACUGCAGCGAGGGUCAAGUUGACCGUGGUGUCAGAUUGGCCACUAAAACAAAUACGCUGCUGCAGCUGUGUAAACAUGGACUUUCGAUGGACACGUAGGCACUUGCUGGUUGCAUAAACAACACAGCUUUAUAUAGUGGGCAUGGGGAGAUGUUUCUUAGAGUGCUUCGCAGAGGGUCUGCUGCAGUCAUCCAGCUGACCUUUUCCGACCUCUCAGUUUGUUCUGCAGACGAACCUCCAGGUGAAUUCGGCCACCACCUCUCUCAUGAUUAUUCUGUGAUUGUACUAUUUCAUUAUGUGUAAUAAAUUCAU